UUGUUUGUUGUUUCUUUUUUUUUAGUAGAAGACUGUUAACAAACAUCUGCCAUGAUCACAAGUUCUCCAUUUGGAACCUAUGAUGGGAAAGAUGUUAUACAAUAUACCCUAAAGAACAGUCAAGGCACGGAAAUACAAAUCCUAAAUUUUGGGGGAAUCAUCACAAAGAUUUUGGUACCAGAUAAAAAUGGAAAGAUGGAUGACAUUUGUCUUGGUUAUGAUGACAUGAAAGGGUAUGAAACAAAUCCUUUCUAUUUGGGUGCUCUGUGUGGACGCUUUGCAAACAGGAUUGCAAAUGCCUGUUUUACUAUUGAUGGGAAAACGUACGAGUUGGACAAAAAUGAUGGACAAAAUUCACUACAUGGAGGGAAAGGUGGUUUCCAUAAAAAAGUAUGGAAUUCAGAGAUCGAUGGUGACGUACUGCAAUUGACCUAUGUCAGUGCUGAUGGGGAGGAUAAAUUCCCAGGUGAAGUCAAAGUCACUGUCCGUUACCAGUUGACUGAGGAAAAUGAACUGGUCAUGCAGUAUUCAGCAACUACAUCAGCAAAAACUGUCAUCAAUCUCACAAACCACGCCUACUUCAACUUAGCUGGACAGGGUGCUGAGAAUGUUUUUGACCACAAUGUGACCAUAAAAGCCGAUAAAUAUACACCACAGGAUUCCACAUACAUUCCCACAGGAACCAUAGAUGAUGUAGAUGGUACACCCUUCGACUUGCGCACAUCAAAAAACAUUGGAGAGAUGAUUCCAUUGGUUCCUGGAAAUGUGGGCUAUGCUCAUAACUAUUGCUUUAGGACGACUGGCGAGAAAAAAUACAUGGCAAGAGUGGAACAUCCAGCCUCUGGUCGAUUUUUAGAGGUGUACAGCACUGAACCAGGUCUCGUGUUUUAUACCUCAUACUAUUUAAAUGAAACGGGAAAGGGCGGGGCCAAGUACAAAAAGUAUGGGGCCUUUUGUCUUGAGGCAGCACAUUAUCCGGAUAGUCCAAACAAACCUAAUUUUCCUUCAACAUUACUGGAUCCAUCUGAGACUUAUCAACAGACUACUUCAUACAAAUUUGGAGUAAUUUGAAUAUUAUUUUGUCAUCGAUAUUCUGUCCAUGUAUUACUUAUUUGUACCAUAUAUUAUUAUUACAUAAUAUUAUAUAUGCUGCCUUUUGUACAAUACUUCAAGCUUAAGAAAAAAAGUUUGUAAUCAGAUAUAAUUAUAACUAAUUCGAAAUCCUUGAUUGGAUUCAGUUCAAAUUUUGAAAUGUUGUUGCUUAUGAUUUAAAGGUGUAGGUACUUGAUGUCUUAAAGAUCAUAAUCAUUCAUAUAUGUAUAAUCAAAGUACCGGUACUCAGUUCUGUAAGUGGGGCUCAUCAAACGAAAUAAUUAAGUUUAAGGGCUUCAAUGACAUAUGUAACAUGAAAAAAAAAUAUUAUAAAAAAGAAAGUAUGAAAAUAUUAAAAAAAAUAUUGUAAAUGAUAUAUCUUUUUUUGGGGGGGGGGGGACCUUUACCAUGGUCUGAAUUAAUCAGAGUCCGAGUUAUCUUGAUGCCACCAAUUAGCCUGAUUUCCUGCCCAGAUGUUUUUUUUUCACCUGUCCAGGGAAUCAGGCUAUGAUAACACAAAACCUUAAUUAUGUGAAUAGCUUAUACAUAUGUAAUGUUUUACAAAAGAUUAAAAUUUUCAAAGUCA